AUGUCGACAGACUUAGGUGCUAGUUUCAAUGAACAAUAUGUAAAUAUUAACACGAAGUUGAAGAAGCGUUUUAUGCGCCGACCUAAUAUAUCAGAAGCUACGAACGAGUUCAUUGGUCUUGCAAUCCAGUGUGAGAACUGUGAGCAACCAACUUUUGCUGGGCAAACUUAUAUUGGCGCGGCAAAAUGUGAGGCUUCUGCUGGCAAUAUUUUAGGAGAAGCUGAAAAUUAUAUUGCAGCUGCAAGACAAUUUAUGAAAGCUGAAAAAAAGCUAUUCUCACUUAAAUUUGAUAGUCCAGAUAGAGAAAACUUAGAGGCAGCUAUUGGAUGUUUCUUGCAAGCAUUACACAAGUAUCCAGAAAAAUCUCCACUCCGUGCAUCAAUACUAUUGGAAAUUGCUAAUGAUCUCUUGGAGAUAAAUCAUAAGCUGGAAGCCAUAACAUAUUUUAAACAAGCUUUGGAUAUAAUACAGGAUGAAACUAUGAAACUGAUGUGUAUGAUUAAGCUUUUUAAAAUGCAAAUAGACAGUGGAAAGCUGGAUUUAGCAUUACAAACUGGUAAUUCAAUAACAGAUCUGAAAUGUCAUGUACCUGAAAGAAUAUUAGCUGAGAUACAAGUAAGUAGAGUACUCUUAGCUCUACAUGUGGAAAUGAAUGAUAAGAAUAGGACUGAUUCUUUGAAAAAGCUGUUUACAGACCUGCUUAAUGAUGAUGAAGAAAAUGACACUAUGCAAUUUAACCCUGAUUUAAAAUUAAAACUUCAGUCUAUUAUAAUUUCAAGCAACUUGGAGGACCAACAGGCAUUAAUAGCUAUUAGUAUGGACACAAAACCAUAUCUUACCGAUCAACAAUGGGAUUUACUUCAAUCAUUAAUCAGUAAAAAACAAGAAGAUUAA